UUGUAGCUUCUCUUUAUGAAAUCCUCUGUUUUUCUGUUUUUUGUUGUUUGUUUGUUUGUUUUCUCUUUUUUAAUUAAGGAAAGCUGGCAGCUGAGGAAAGGUGUCAGUGAUUUUGGUGAGGAAGUGGACUAUGAUGAAGAGCUGUACGUGGCCAGCAACAUGGUCAUCUGGAGUAAAGGGAGUAAGAGUGAAGCAUCAGCUGCCUAUAAGGCAUUCAGCGUUGACAGCCCUGUGCUGCAGGCCUUGUGGUGUGACUUCACUAUUCAGCAGGAGAAAUCUGACAAUGCUGAUGUUUCAGGCAGUAAAGAAAUAGUACAAAAAUGUGUCUGCAUAUUGCAGAGCUCGUGUGUAAAUGUACAUAGCAUAGAUGGAAAGGAUUACAUUGCUGCUUUACCCUUCCAGGUUGCAAACAUCUGGCCAACAAAAUUUGGUUUGUUAUUGGAGCGUAGCGGUUCUUCACAUGAAGUACCUCCAAGUCCACCCAGAGAACCUUUGCCUACUAUGUUCAGCAUGCUGCAUCCCUUAGAUGAGAUAACACCUCUUGUCUGUAAGUCUGGAGGUGUGUUUGGCUCUGCUAGAGUGCAGUAUGUUGCUGAUUACACCUUGAGGAUUGUGUUUGUCAAUGCUGAGCCUUCCAUUGUGAUGACCUACGAUACUGUACAGAGUUUGCAUACUGUCUGGGCUCUUCGUAAAGUAAAGCCAGAGGAGCAGAACAUGGUGCUGAAGUUCUCAGAGCAGCUGGGUACCCCUCAGAAUGUGGCUGCUAGCAACUCUUUGACUGCUCAACUCAGGAGCCUUUCAAAAGGAGACUCGCCUAUGGCCUCACCCUUCCAAAACUACUCAUCUAUUCACAGCCAGAGUAGAUCAGUGUCAUCACCCAGCAUGCAGUCCCGCUCACCGUCCAUCUCCAACAUGGCUGCUUUAAGCCGUUCUCAUUCACCUGCCCUGGGAGUACAUUCAUUCUCAGGAGUGCAGAGGUUCAACUCAUCUGGCAAUGUUCAGUCUCCAAGGAGGCACAGUAUUACCCAUUCUCCAGAGAGCACUUGCAGUGAUUCCUUUCUUGUAACAGAAACAGAACCAAUUGUUCCUGAGCUGUGUAUAGAUCAUCUGUGGACAGAAGCUAUCACAAAAAUGAGAGAGAAGAAUUCCCAGGCAUCGAAAGUUUUUAUUACCACUGACCUUUGUGGGCAGAAGUUCUUGUGCUUCUUGGUGGAAUCCCAGCUCCAGCUGCGGUGUGUAAAGUUUCAAGAGAGCAAUGAUAAGUCCCAGCUGAUCUUUGGUUCUGUUACCAAUAUUCAGGCAAAGGAUGCAGCUCCAGUGCAGGGUGUUGAUACACUGCUGGUUCUGGAAGGUAGUGGAAAUCUAGUGCUUUAUUCUGGAAUUGUUCGGGUGGGGAAGGUUUUUAUUCCUGGAUUGCCUGCUCCAUCCCUGACAAUGUCCAACCAAAUGCCUCGGCCAAGCACUCCUUUGGAUAGUGUCAGCACUCCAUCCAAGACUUUGAAUAAACAUCUGGGGCCUCUAGAAGAGAGUAUGCUUUUGUCACCAGUUCCAGAGCUAAGGGAUUCUUCUAAACUCCAUGACUCUACUUACAUUGAGGACUGCACUUUUCAGCAGCAUGGGACUUUCAUUCAUGCUCUAAGAGAUCCUGUUCACAACAGAGUAACUUUAGAACUCAGCAGUAACACGAUGGUUCGGAUCACAAUUCCUGAAAUUGCCACUUCAGAGCUAGUGAAAACAUGCCUGCAAGGGGUCAAGGCUAUCCUGCCCAAGGAGAUAGCUGUACAAAUGCUUGUCAAGUGGUACAAUGCUUAUAAUGCCCCUGGAGGACCAAGUUAUCGCUUGGAAUGGAAUUUAUUUGUAACUUGUCUCAUGAAUAUGAUGGGUUAUAACACAGAGAAGCUGACCUGGACACGUAAUCUUAAUGUUGGAGGAUCACCUUCACCAGUGAGUGCACCAAAGAAGGCUAGGCCAUCAGAGACAGGGUCAGAUGAAGACUGGGAAUAUCUCUUGAGCUCUGAUUACCACAGAAAUUUUGAGUCUCAUCCUCUAUCCAAAGUCUUGGGAUUGGACCCUCUGGAAGUUUUAGCUCCAAAGGAUGACUUCUUACAGAGCCUUAGCCUGGAUUACUCAACUCUCCUUUUCACCCAUAUUCCUGCUAUUUUCUUUGUUCUUCACCUGGUCUAUGAGGAGUUCAAACUGAACCUUCUGAUGGGAGAAGAAAAUCGGUCACUUGUUGUUCUUCUGGUUCAGCUGGCCAGGGACUUGAAACUUGAAGCUUAUAUAGAUUACUACUACAGAGACUAUCCAGCCCUUGUAAAAAGCUCUGGACAGACUUGCAUAAUUGAUCAAGGUGAGUUUAAGGCUAUGUUUCAUGCAUCAUCCCUUAUUUUUUCUGCUGAGCCUCCAAGUAUCUUUCAGUGGCUGAGUUCCUGUCUAAAGGGAGGAAGAGUACAGCCUUAUCCUUACUUACCAGGAAUCUGUGAAAGGAGCAAACUGGUAAUACUGAGUGUGGCUCUGUACAUACUUGGUGAUGAGAGUGCUGUAUCUAAUGAAGCUUCCCCUUAUUUGUACAAAAUUACUUCAGGGCAACAAAAGCAACAAAUAGAGCAGGAUGACAAUCGAUGCUGUUUUGGACACAGCACAUCUAUUUCCAGCCUCGCAGAGAAGCUAAUUAUUUGGUUGACUAAUAUUGGUUUCACCUUAAGAGAUCUGGAGACUCUCCCCUUUGGUGUGGCUCUUCCUAUCAGAGAUGCAAUAUAUUACUGCCGAGAGCAGCCUGCCUCAGACUGGCCAGAGGCAGUUUGUGUCUUGAUUGGGCGCCAGGAUCUGUCCAAACAGGCAUGUGAAGGCAACCUACUGAAGAGUAAAUCUUCUGUGGGCCCAGUGCUGUCCUCUGAUAGUCCAUCUGGUGCUGAGUCAGAAGAGGAUGAGGAUGGCAUGAACAACAUGAAUGAUGAGGUCAUGUCACUAAUAUGGAGCAAGGAUUUGAGAGUGCAGGAAGUACGCAGGCUCCUUCAGAGUGCCCGUCCUGUACGUGUCAAUGUAGUGCAGAUGCCAGAAGCUAGUGACCAUGAUUUCAUAGAAGAAAAAGAAAACCGGUUGUUACAGCUGUGCCAGCGAACCAUGGCACUGCCUGUUGGGCGAGGAAUGUUUACUUUGUUCUCCUAUCAUCCUAUUCCAGCAGAACAGCUGCCCAUUCCUAAGCUGAAUCUAACUGGCCGUGCUCCUCCUAGGAACUCUACAGUUGAUCUGAACAGUGGGAAUAUCGACGUGCCUCCUAACAUGGCUUGCUGGGCUAGCUUUCACAAUGGAGUGGCUGCUGGGCUGAAGAUAGCGCCUGCUUCACGGAUAGACUCUUCUUGGAUUAUCUAUAACAAGCCUAAGAAUGCUGAACAAGCAAAUGAAUAUGCUGGCUUCCUCAUGGCUCUGGGUCUCAGUGGACAUCUCACAAAGCUUGCCACACUCAAUAUACAUGACUACUUAACAAAGGGCCAUGAGAUGACAAGUAUUGGGCUGUUGCUUGGUGUUUCUGCUGCCAAGCUGGGCACGAUGGAUAUGGCCAUUACACGGCUUCUGAGUAUCCACAUACCUGCCCUGCUACCACCAACUUCAACAGAGCUGGAUGUCCCCCACAAUGUGCAGGUGGCUGCUGUGAUAGGAAUAGGCCUUGUCUACCAGGGCACUGCACACAGGCACACAGCUGAGGUUCUGCUGGCUGAAAUAGGACGUCCACCUGGACCAGAAAUGGAGUACUGCACAGACAGGGAGUCCUAUUCACUGGCUUCUGGACUAGCCUUGGGCAUGGUGUGCUUGGGACAUGGCAGUAAUCUGAUAGGUAUGUCAGACCUCAACGUUCCUGAGCAGCUUUACCAAUACAUGGUUGGGGGUCACAGGCGGUUCCAAGCAGGAAUGCACAGGGAGAAGCACAAGUCUCCCAGUUACCAAAUUAAGGAAGGAGACACAAUAAAUGUGGAUGUUACUUGCCCAGGAGCCACACUUGCCUUUGCUAUGAUCUACCUAAAGACUAAUAACAGAUCCAUUGCUGAUUGGCUUCAAGCACCAGAUACCAUGUACUUGCUGGACUUUGUAAAACCAGAGUUCCUUUUAUUGAGAACCUUAGCUCGGUGCCUGAUUUUGUGGGAUGACAUCAUGCCCAGCACUGAAUGGGUUGAUAGCAAUGUGCCUCAAAUCAUAAGAGAGAACAGUAUACCUCUUCAUGCAACAGAGCUGCCUUCAUCAGAAGACCUGAGUUUAGAAACACUGAUGCAAGCUCAUGUCUACAUCAUUGCUGGGGCAUGUUUGUCACUGGGAUUUCGAUUUGCUGGCUCAGAAAACAAGGCAGCAUUUAACUGCUUGGACAAAUAUGCAACAGAUUUCCUGAAAAGUUUGUCAGCACCAACAGCUUCUAUAAUAGGUCACUAUAAUCUCGAAACGUGCCUGAGCGUCUUGCUGCUGUCUCUUGCAAUGGUGGUGGCUGGCUCUGGAAACUUGAAAGUUCUUCAGCUUUGCCGUUUCAUGCACAAGAAGACCGGCGGAGAGAUGAACUACGGCUUCCAUCUGGCUCACCACAUGGCUUUGGGACUUCUCUUUCUGGGAGGAGGAAGGUAUUCACUGAGCACUUCAAAUUCUUCCAUUGCUGCUCUCCUUUGUGCUCUAUACCCUCACUUCCCUGUUCACAGCACAGACAAUAGGUAUCAUCUUCAGGCUUUGCGACACUUGUAUGUGCUGGCAGCAGAUCCAAGGCUCUUAAUACCUGUUGAUGUGGACUCAAACACUCCUUGUUAUGCACUGAUAGAGGUUACAUUCAAGGGCACACAGUGGUAUGCAGAAACCACCGAGGAAAUGAUGGCACCCACGCUUCUUCCAGAGCUUCACUUAUUGAAGCAGAUCAGAGUGAAGGGACCACGGUACUGGGAACUUCUAAUAGAUUUAAGCAAUGAAACAAAUCAUCUCAAAUCAAUUCUUUCAAAGGGUGGUGUCUUAUAUGUGAAGCUGAGAGCUGGGCAGCUCUCCUACAAGGAGGAUCCCAUGGGCUGGCGCAGUUUCUCAGCACAGACCAUCACUCAUGGAAAUGAAGCUCGGUCAUUCAAGCCAGAAGAUAUUUCUGCUUUUACAUCUGAUCCUGCUCUGUUAUUGUUUGCUGAGUAUUUUUGCAAACCAACUGUGAACAUGGGCCAGAAACAGGAGAUGCUGGAUUUUUUCUCUUCAAUUCUCUAUGAGUGUGUUACCCAAGAAAAACCAGAGAUGCUGCCCACGUACAUAGCAAUAGAUCAGGCUGUGAGGAGAUUGGAAAGAGAAGAAAUGUCUGAGACAUUUGAGCUGGGGCAGAUAAAGCUGGUGCUAGAAUUCUUCAAUUCUAGAUGUCACCAGGGGAGGAUGAGCAGGAAUCCAAACAGAGGACUCUUCAUGAACUCUGAAUUUCUGCCUGUGAUGAAGUGCACUAUUGAUAAAGCUCUGGAUCAGUGGCUUCAAGCUGGAGGAGAUGUCUGCCUGCGUUCCUACUUAAGCAGGCAGCUUAAAGAUGAAUCCCAGCAGAACAUGCUGGCAUGCUUCCUUGUUUACCACUCUGUCCCAUUGCCUGGUCAGCUGGCAGCUGGAGGCCUGGAAGGAAUCACCAACUUCUCCGAGAUGCUGUUGAAGUUCAAGCAGUGGAAUGUGCUGGUUCGUGCAUUGCUAAGGCUUGCUCCUGUGUUGCUUAAAAAUCCCCAGUCCAUGGUGCUGUAGUGUUCUGGCAUGGAAUUCUGCGUUGUGCUCAUUUUACAUGAGGUUACUGAGCGACAGAGCCAGUGUUGUUCCAUGCUGUUCAAAAACAUCCAGGUAAAAAUGUACUUUCUUUUGGAACUUCACAAACAACAAACUUCAGUCUUGCCCCUUGUGAUAACUGUGACCAGGAGUUGCAUAUAAAUUGUUACGAGAAUAAGGAAUUGUGUAAAAGUGAACAAAUAAUAAAUUUACUUUCAUAACUAAAGAUUGUUUUCAAGUACAUACUUUGUGCUGAGUUCUGAGAAGACCUUGCUGGAACCAUGUAACCUCCUUGUUUUUGUAGCUUCCUUGCUUGCAGUGCAUCAUAAUCUGCUUCCGUGAGGUCCUGUAGAUGUCAGGAGAUGAGCAGCCCAGAAGAUGCCAGACUUGCUUUUCCUCUUGGGGCUCAGGUUGGAAGGGAAAGCAAGCCACCUGCCGUGCUGCUUGCAUCUUGCCGAGUAUGCUUUUCAAGAACUGACGUGAUCCUUCAGUCUCAUUCAUGCCAUUUUUUCCCUCUUACAGAGCCUACAGUAGAUCUCUUCUGUAAGCAUAAGGUUUCUUUGGGUCUGAACUGUUUUGCUCCAACUUGUCCACAAUACACUCAAUACUGCACUGUUUA